ACAGGCUAUCACUAGUCAGUGAGAUAAUAGGUGUUGUCAUGCAGACAGUCCAUCCCAUAAGCUCACAUCACACAACCAGUUUGUGGAGCUCGAAAUGAUUCCUAAAGUUGCUCUGCUUUUCUUCUUCUGUAUCACAUUGCUCUGCUUUUUAUGGCAAAACACCACAGGCAUCUUAGUGAAACGGGGCCAAAAUAUCACCCUCAUCUGCCCACUGAAGACCAAAGAGAACAUCGGGAUAAUGACCUGGUACAAGCAGAAUCCUGGUCAAGGCGUUCACUUGCUGCUGAGCUACAACUUCACUGUGCCCCCGCAUGUGCGCUACGCUGAAGGAAUUAACACACGCAAGUAUGUGGUGUUACCCCGGAACAGACCCAGAGCCCAUCCUCGGUUACGGAUCCUACGUGCUGAGGAAAAUGACACAGCAACGUAUUACUGUGGAUAUUCAGAAAAAGUAGAGGAAAAGAAUAAUAAGCCUUGAAAAAGAGAUGUGUAAAGCUCUCUUUGUGUAUGUGAUUACAAAGGUCCUUAGGUUAGGCUGAUUUUUUUUGUUAGCCAUUAUUUUUUGAUACCCUUUAUUUUGUCUUGAGACUUAACCUUUCAUCAUCCUCAUAUCAUUAUUUCCUCAUAUUAUUAUUUUCUUUCUUUUUUUCUUGCUUUUUUAAGACCAAUAGACAUCAUUGAUUUUAUUGAUUCAUUGAUCAUUCAUUGAUUGAUUGUUUUCGUUCAAAACAAACACUGUAUUCUAGUGAAAAGACAUUACAUACAGUAAUUAAUAAUAAAGUGUGCA